UUCACCAAGUCAAACACCAAACCAGAACCUGCAACACAAUCUGUAUGUCUCCCGUGUAUUUUUUUUUUUUGACAGAGUAUCCCGUGUAUUUGUAGUGUCAGAACAUCUUUAUUUUUUCUUUUUCUUGGGCAGCCAUAACUUGUUGUCUAAACAAAACAAGACCAAAACAAAACAAGCAGAGUCAAACAAGCAACUACAAAGAGACAGAGAGAGUCUGUGACCGCGGGAAUAAUCAACCAAUCAAUCAGCGAUGUCGCAGGGAAACCUCGGUUGCGUAGCAGUCGCCGUCGACGGCAGCGACGAGAGCAUGAACGCUCUCCGUUGGGCCAUGACAAACCUCAAGCUCCGACCACAAACACCCGAUUCCACCACCGCCGGUUGCUUCCUCAUCCUCCACGUCCAAUCUCCGCCGUCCAUCGCCACCGGCCUCAACCCCGGUCCCAUCCCCUUCGGUGGCCCAAGUAACCUUGAAGUACCUGCGUUCGCUGCUGCCAUUGAAGCUCACCAGAAGCGUAUCACCGAUUCUAUACUAGAUCAUGCUCUUGGAAUUUGCUCAGAGUUCAAUUUUACUGAGAAGGUGAGGACCCAUGUUGUUAUUGGAGAUCCAAAGGAGAAGAUUUGUGAAGCUGUACAGGAUCAGCAUGCUGAUGUGCUUGUGAUGGGGUCUCGUGCAUUUGGCCCCAUUAAGAGGAUGUUCCUGGGAAGUGUUAGCAACUACUGCGCCCACCAUGCUGAGUGUCCUGUCAUUAUUAUCAAGGGAAACGACAGUGUCAAUAAGAGAAACUAAUUCACUUCUACUAUGCUGCAAUUACUAUUGAUGAGUAGGUGAGAUUUUCCACAUUUCAGUUGCUGAUGGUGCAUCCCUGGCUUCCCAAUUGAUUAGAACAAAAGUUUUUUCAUGCUUCGGAUUUGCAUGCUCUUGCUAGUCCCGUGUCAUGACUCAGCUUUGAAGUUUAUGUCGCCAAUGCCGGUCAGGUACUGCUACAAGUACAGGUUUUCACUAUUUGUUGAUAAUAAUGCUGCAGUGCAUUUGAAAUUCUUUCAGUUAAGAGUGUUUUUCAACUCUGCUUUAAAUCUGUGAUUGUUGUCGCAACUGAUUCAAAAAGAGAUAUUUGACUCCCAAAUGCUUAUUUUGUUUUUGAAUCUGUACAAUGUUGUUGUACACAAAUGUUGUAUCACUAUUUCUCCUUUGACUGGCCAGUUCUAGUUGUGAUAUGCAGCAAACUAGCCAGUAAUCAUGCAGAACUCAUGUAUAAAUUGAUAUUUAUAUGAUUUAUGAUAGAUUUUUUGAGUGCCA